CUGGUGAGAGAGGGAGAGUGAGAGUUUUUCUUUACGUUACUCUCACACACAGAUAUGACCAAGACAGCAGCGAUAGCAGCGAAGGACUUCUCCAGUAUGUGGUUGCCAGAUAUCAGGAUGUCAAAGCCAGCAGAGGUGGAGAAAGUGGGGGCUGACUCACCGUUAGAGGGCACAGAUUCAGAGCGGAAUGGACCUGAAUCAAAUCACCAGGCUCAGUCAAUGAAAGUCAAUCCAUUUCCUCUUUCACCAAAUCUGAGCAGCAGUAAGAAUAAGAUGGAGGAGUGUGGUGAGAUGUCCCCGGCCCUCCCUCUCUCUCAUGGCCCAACCCCCUCACAGACGGCUCUGCAACACACACAGCUCAUGCUGACCGGCUCCCAACUAGCAGGGGACAUCCAGCAGCUUUUGCAGCUUCAGCAGUUGGUACUGGUGCCCGGCCACCCACUCCCAUCACCUGCCCAGUUCCUCCUCCCACAGGCACAGCAGGGCCAGCAAGGACUCCUAUCGACACCAAAUCUUAUUUCGCUACCUCAGCAAAACCAAGGGAGCUUGCUGUCUGCUCCAUCCAGAAUGGGACUCCAAGCACAGCAGCGAGACAAAAGUGUGGAGGUGAGUGGCGGAGGCAUGACCACGGUGCCCUCAGUGACCUCUCACCCAGAGGAGCCCAGUGACCUGGAGGAAUUGGAGCAGUUCGCCCGCACUUUUAAACAGAGACGCAUCAAAUUGGGCUUCACACAGGGAGAUGUUGGUCUGGCCAUGGGGAAGCUGUACGGCAAUGACUUCAGUCAGACCACAAUCUCCCGCUUUGAAGCCCUCAACCUGAGCUUUAAGAACAUGUGCAAGCUGAAGCCACUGCUGGAGAAGUGGCUCAACGAUGCAGAAACCAUGUCCAUAGACAGCACCCUGCCCAGCCCUAGCUCCCUGUCCUCUCCCACUAUGGGAUUCGACGGGGUCCCUGGUCGCCGCAGAAAGAAAAGAACCAGCAUUGAGACGAAUGUUCGAGUGGCCCUGGAACGCGCAUUCAUGACGAACCAGAAGCCUACCUCAGAGGAGAUCCUACUGAUCGCAGAGCAGCUUAACAUGGAGAAAGAGGUGAUCCGGGUCUGGUUCUGCAACCGCCGACAGAAAGAGAAACGCAUCAAUCCCACCAGUGCCACCCCUCCAUUGCCCAGUCAGGCCCCUACUGCCCCGCCGACGCACAAACCGCCCUGCUACAGCCCUCACAUGAUGUCCAGCCAGCUGUCGCAGGCCGUAACCAGUCUCAGCAGCACAACAGUGACCACCAUGUCCUCUGUCUGCCCCCUGACUUCCAGCCUCACCUCCACCCACCCUUCUCUCAGCUCCGCACCCUCCCCUGUGACUCCUCCUCCUCCUCCCCGCAGCACGGCCAGCCCUGCCACUCCCAGCCACAGCACACUCAACCUGAACACAGGCUUAUGGCGUAUGGGUAAAAAGAACGGUGACGUGUCUAACUACAUCACCGAUUUUGCUGCAAACUUGAGGAACACUGUGAUGGGAGUUAACACAGGGAUGAACCAAGCCCUCCUCGGUAACAAUCCCCUGGCCACUAUCCAAGCCCUAGCAGCCAGUGGUGGCCAGCUGCCUCUUUCCAGUCUUGAGGGGGGCAGCAAGGUGAUGCUGGGGGCCUCAGGGGGCCAGGCGGGGGGCCUCCCCUCCUCCCUCUUCCUCAACCACCCAGCCCUCCUCCACAUGGGUCAGAACCCCGGCGCUGGACUGCUCAGCGCUGCCGUAGCCAAAGCCUCCCAGCCGUCCCCUUUCCCAUCAGCCAGCAGCAUCAGCCCCACUCCCUGCUCCCCCUCUCCCUGCUCAAGCCCCGCCUCUUCCUGCUCCUCCAGCGAAAUGGCACACAGCCCGCCCUCUCUGGGUGGGGCCAAGAUUGAGUGACCGCACCAAAGGGCCAAUCAGAGAGGGGGAGGAAGGAGGAAACGAGAAUCUCGCCUUUCACACCAAAGCUAUCUCUUUCUCUCUCUUGAGCUCUUCUUCCGUUAUUUUUUCGCAAUGUGUCUCUCUCUCUCUUUCUCUCCCAGUCUUUCGAUGCCAAAAAUACACAGAAUGGAAGCGGAGAGAGGGAGGAAGGGAGGUGAAGGAGGGGAGAAGGGAGGGAAAAGGGGAAGAUUGAAACCAAAA